AUGGCUCUCUUUGCGCCGAAGAAGAAGAGCCCGCCACAGCACAAACACGCGUAUGCUUGCAACUUCGCACCCAUCAACCAGACGCUGCCUCUCACCAAAUGUACUCAUUCAGGAGUCAUUCCGUCCGAGCUUGCUGGUGGUGAAUAUGUCCGCAAUGGCGGCAACCCUGUGUCCAACGAGGACUUAGGUCGCGAUGCCCAUUGGUUCGACGGCGAUGGCAUGCUGAGUGGCGUCUCGUUCACCAGGCAAGCAGACGGCAACGUCCAGCCCGAGUUUGUCAACCAAUAUAUCUUGACCGACAUCUUUCUUUCGACUGCCGCCUCUCCACGCCUUCGCUCGCCCAUCCUGCCCAGUAUCGCAACUCUGGUCAAUCCUCUCUCGUCCCUUAUCACCAUUGUCCUACGUAUCCUCCGUACCAUUGUGCUUGUCAUUCUGUCCUUCUUGCCAGGUUCCACUCGUGCAAUCAAGAGGAUUAGCGUCGCCAAUACAGCCAUCCUCUACCAUGAUGGCAGAGCACUAGCAACGUGCGAGAGUGGUCCACCAAUGCGCAUCGCACUCCCUGGACUAGAAACUGUUGGCUGGUACGAUGGCGACCGUGCAGAGGGCGAGCCCGAGCUGAACAACAACGACCCUUCGUUCUCGGGCAAAGGCCUGCUCGGCUUCCUGCGUGAGUGGACUACUGCUCAUCCAAAAGUCGAUCCAAUCACCAAAGAGAUGAUGCUUUUCCACUCCACCUUCCUGCCUCCAUAUGUUCAGUACUCGAUCAUCCCGCCGACCUCUGCUCGCUCUGAAACCAACAAGGGCAUUGUUCAGCGCCCCGUCCCAGGAAUCACCGGCGCCAAAAUGAUGCACGACUUUGGCGUCUCUCUCAAGCACACUAUCAUAAUGGAUCUUCCUCUUUCUCUCGACCCUUUCAACCUGGCCAAGAACAAGCCUGUCAUCGAGUACGAUCCUACGAAGCCUGCCCGCUUCGGUGUGUUCCCUCGUCACCAUCCAGAGCAAGUCAAAUACUUUGAAACUACUGCUUGUUGCAUCUUCCAUACUGCAAACGCUUGGGAUGAUUAUGACGCCUCAGGCAACGUCGAGACCAUCCACCUGCUAACCUGUAGAUUAACAUCUGCUUCUCUGGUCUUCAGUGCUGGCAAUAUUGCUGCGCCGCAACCUACCAAACACACUGUGAAGGCUGUCAAGAAGAACAUGCCUUUCUUCUCCAAAUACAAUGCAGAUGAAACAUGCUUGUACGAAGGAGCGCCUACUCUAGAAUCACCGGGCCUGGAGCGCGAGCCCUUGAUUCAGAUAAUAGACAACAGCCAGGCCACCGCAUCCUACUUUGACAAGCAAGGAGAUGAUACCGACGAAAUUCUUGAGGAAGAUGAUCAAUGCCGGCUAUACCACUAUGCUUUUUCUCUCAAACCUUCUCAGAUCACUGCCCAGUACGCAUUGUCUGCGAUCUCUUUCGAGUUCCCUUCCGUUCAUCCCGAUUUCGACAUGCAGAAAGCUCGCUAUGUCUACGGAUGCACUACAUCAAUAUCCUCUUUCAAUGCGGCGUUGGGCCGCUCUGUCAAGAUCGAUGCCCUGGCCAAGAUUGACACCAAAACACUGAUCGAGAAGGGUGAUCGGUUGAGCGACUUGGGAAAGCUCGAAACCGUCACUGGCUGCGUCGAUACCCGCACUGUUCAAGAGAUUGUGGAAGAUCCUCUCGAGAACGACCCGGUUCAAAUCUUCCGUAUGCCUGCUGGUUGGUUCGCGCAAGAACCCAGAUUCAUCCCGCGCAAGGCCGAUCCGGGACAGACCUUGACGGAGGAUGACGGCUACCUUAUCGCAUAUGCCUUUGACGAAUCCCAGCUGGGCCCCGACGGUGAAGUGCCCUCGGAUUCAGAUACUACAAGCAGAGCAACGAGUGAACUUUGGAUCAUUGACGCCAAAGAUAUGCGUACAGUAAUUGGUAGGGUAGCUCUUCCACAGCGCGUUCCGUACGGGUUACAUGGUACUUGGUUCCCUGAAGAAGACAUACUCGGUCAAAAGCCUGUCGAAACGGUUCGCAGCAUCAGCGAAGCCAAGUUGAAGAAAGACGGAAAUACCUGGAUGAAUAUCAGGGCUUCGAUAGAGAGCAUGCUCUCUUAA